GUCACACGCGCCCUGAGCCCGGCUCCACUAGUCCCUUUCCUGCGCUCACCUGGACGCACCGCUCACACUCCGCUCUGAGGCUGAGUCCCGGCCCUCUGGAGCAGCGGUCAGCAAGCGAGCCCCUCCAUCUCCCAUCAGAGAGACCACAUGGGCCCCGAGACCAUCUACCCCUGCAGGGGCCCCCUGUCUCGCCUUCAGGUGAGGACCUGGAUUGAGCCCGUGGUGGCCUCCACCCAGGUGGCCGGCUCCCUUUACGAUGCGGGUCUUCUCUUGGUGGUGAAGGCGUCCUUCGGGGCUGGAGCCUCUUCAAACCACAGCGCCAGCCCGUCGCCCCGGGGGACUCAGGAGGACCAACAACAGAAGGCCAUCUCUAACUUCUACAUCAUCUACAGCCUCGUGACGGGCCUGACGCCCCUGCUGUCUGCCUAUGGGCUGGGCUGGCUCAGCGACCGCUACCACCGCAAGAUCUCCAUCUGCGUGGCACUGCUGGGCAUCCUGCUUUGCCGACUAGGGCUGCUGUUCAAGGUCCUGUGGGACUGGCCAGUGGAGGUGCUGUACGGGGCGGCAGCGCUGAGCGGGCUGUGCGGCGGCUUCUCAGCGUACUGGUCAGGGGUUAUAGCCCUGGGAUCCCUUGGCUCCUCCGAGGGUCACCGCUCCUUACGCCUCAUCUUUAUUGACCUGAUUAUGGGCUUGGCAGGAUUCUGUGGGAGCAUGGUCUCCGGGCAUCUCUUCCAGCCCGUGUCUGGGCAGUCUGGGAAGGGCCUGGUGCUGACAGCUUGCAGUGUCAGCUGUGCGGCUUUUGCCCUUCUGUACAGCCUCUUGGUCCUGAAGGUCCCUGAGUCAGUGGCCAAGCCCAGCAAGGCACUCCCCGAGGUGGAUACUGUGUCUGGCACAGUUGGCACAUACCGCACCUUGGAUCCUGAUCAGCCAGACAAGCAGAGUGUGGUGGGGCACCCUCGAUCUCUGGGGAAAGGAAAGCCCCAAAAAAGCAUUAUUGCCCUGCUCUUCGUGGGUGCCGUCAUCUACGACCUGGCAGUGGUGGGCACAGUGGACGUGAUGCCCCUUUUUGUGCUCAGGGAGCCUCUCAGUUGGAACCAAGUGCAGGUGGGCUAUGGUAUGGCUGCAGGGUACAUCAUCUUCAUCACCAGCUUCCUGGGCGUCCUAGUGUUCUCCCGCUGCUUCCAGGACACCACCAUGAUCAUGAUUGGGAUGGUCUCCUUUGGGACGGGAGCCCUCCUCUUGGCGUUUGUGAAAGAGACAUACAUGUUCUACAUUGCUCGAGCCGUCAUGCUGUUCGCCCUCAUCCCUGUCACAACCAUCCGGUCAGCAAUGUCCAAACUCAUAAAGGACUCUUCUUAUGGAAAGGUGUUUGUCAUCCUGCAGCUGUCCCUGACACUGACCUUCGUGGUGACAUCUGCGAUGUAUAACGAGAUCUAUCAGCUCACCAUGGAAAAGUUCGUCGGCACCUGCUUUGCUCUCUCCUCCUUCCUCUCCUUCCUGGCCAUCGUCCCGAUUGGCAUUGUGGCCUAUAAACAAGCCUCGUGGUUGAAAUAUGCAGACAUCACAGAAAAAUAAAGGUGCUGACCUGCAGGAGCUGGAAAUAUCAGCAAAGGCCAGACCCCUCUGAAGACAAAGAAAGAGACCAGGAACUGGUGACCAAAGCAACCCACUGCCCAAGAAACCUGAGUUUCAGCGAGAGUCAGCCUCAGAAUGACCUGCUCUGGCUCAGGGUCCCUGGUGGGUAGGGGAAAGCUUUUUCCUGGUGAUGGACAUCAGCUUUCAGAUGGUCCCUGUUAGGCAGACGUUAGGUUCUGCAGGCAGUUGAGUGGGAACUUUAAGGGUUACAUGCAAGCGGCAUGCACAGCCAUGCCAGAUGCUAUAAGGGGCUUCAGAUAGUAGCCGCUUUCCUCCCGGAAACUGCCUUACAGACUCCAAGGUAUACCUAAGCUGGGUGUGGUGCCAGGAGUCCCAUGCGAGAAUUCAAAUCAAGGCACACAUUUUCAACAGCCUGAAAGGAAUGUGGAAGGGAUGUUUUGUAUGAACUGCCAACAGUGAACAUCAGCUUUUUUUUUUUUUUUUACUAAAAUAAAACCUUGGAAAAAAAGUUAGCUUUCUUCCUGAGGCCUUAUUAGCUGUGAACACGCAGAAGAGAUUUAGAUCUCAGGCUCUUGGCUUCAAGGUAGUUUUGUUGUCGUGGUUACUAUUGCUUUUAAGAAGCAAAUAUCAAGACCUUUUCUUUAAUGGAAUAUUAAAUUGAAUACUUCCCAAAGUGAGUGGUGUUGGUGAGAGAGGAGAGAGGAAAUAUGCUAAGAGCCACUUCAUUUUGAGAUAUUUUUACUCCCUAUUUUACCUACAUAUAUAAAAGCAGACUUACUUCCUAGU